AUGAUGUCGUUGUUCUUGACACCAAGAGCCUUACCCCAAGCAGAUUGGACAAAUGGAUCAUUGGCAGAAAGGACAAUUACUUGGUCAACGCCCUUGGCCUUGAACUCGGCAAGCUUGGAGAUGAAAGGAGGAAUGUGGUUGGCAGUACAGGUAGGAGUAAAAGCACCGGGAACUGCGACAAUUACAACCUUCUUACCAGCGAAUUUCUUGUCAGUAUCAUAG